UGCACUUUUUGCGUGAUAAACCUGACAUCAGGCUUUCGUAAUAAAAUGUUUAGUGUAUGUUUAUAUUCCUUUUGCCCGUUCGAAAUCAAGUUAAAAAAGUCAGAACUGUCAAAGUUUUUCGGAAAGAAACAUUUACAUAAAUUUUCAAAAUGAUUUAGCUUUCAAUAAAAUGUAUUUUUAUUGCAACUCGUAAUGUGUUUUAGAUAGUCUAAGUGUACUUAACUAGUCUUAACAUAUAUUUCGUUAUAAAAUAACGAUAAAAAACAUCGAAAAUGUUCAAUUACAAAUAUUUAUCACGCGAACACUUGGAGGGCUUCGACAAUUACAAGUACAUGGCGAUCGACACGAGCCCUCUCAGUGUUUAUGUCAUGCACCCAUUUUGGAACAAAGUUGUGGAACUUGUGCCAAAAUGGAUUGCACCAAAUGUACUAACGUUUGCCGGAUUCAUGUUGGUUGUGCUCAAUUUCCUGAUGCUGUCAUACUAUGAUUAUGAUUACUAUGCUGCCAGCUUCUCAGCUAACAAUGCAACAUUAAUUGAUGCAACUACAAAUGGCUAUGAGGAAGUCAUACCGAAAUCACUGUGGUUCAUAAUUGCCGUAUUUCUAUUUCUUGCUUAUACCCUAGACGGUAUUGAUGGGAAGCAAGCUAGACGCACCCAGACAUCGGGACCGCUUGGGGAACUAUUUGACCACGGUCUCGAUUCAUACACGGUAUUCUUCAUACCGGCCUGUCUAUAUUCUAUAUUUGGUCGAUCGGAUUACUCUAUUCCGCCUAUUAGGAUUUAUUACGUGAUGUGGAAUCUCUUAUUGAAUUUUUAUUUGAGUCACUGGGAGAAAUAUAAUACAGGGGUUCUGUUCCUGCCUUGGGGCUAUGAUUUUAGUAUGUGGGCUUCAACCCUAUGCUUCAUAUGGACCGGUGUUAACGGUACCUUGUUCUACAAGAAAUAUAUCUACGGCAGUAUGACGCUGGCGCACGGAUUCGAACUGGCGAUAUACGGAACGGGAGUCGUCACCAACCUGCCAGUGGCGCUGUACAAUAUUAAUAAGUCUUACAAGGAACGAACGGGUAAGAUGCGUUCCCUCUCUGAAGCUCUAAGGCCGCUCUGGUCCUUCACAUCCGUGUUCGUCAUCAGCUCCGUGUGGGUGCACUGCAGCGCGCGGCUGCCGGACUACGACCUGAGGAUGCUCUUCCUGUUGAUCGGAACUCUGUUCAGUAACGUAGCGUGUCGUCUAAUCGUCAGUCAAAUGAGCAAUCAACGGUGCGAAGCUAUCAACUGGCUGACGUGGCCCCUGCUGGUCAGUGCUACGGUGUCAUUGACACUGCCAGAGUACGAGCCGACAGCGUUCUAUGGCUUCACUAUGCUCACUCUAUUCGCUCACAUUCACUACGGAACCUGCGUUGUACGCCAGAUGUGCGACCAUUUCCGGGUCAGCUGUUUCCACAUAAAGCAGCGUGCGGAUUGACUCUUAGACGACAAUGCGUGCUAGACAACGUAACAUUACCGACUGUUACCUUUUACAUUACCCAUUGCAUACGGCAACAAUGUAAAGAAAACUGUUCAGAAUAUUAACGUUUGUAAUGUAAAAUGUAACAAAUCAAACAUGAUGAUAGUGUACUCAACUAUAAAACGCCGUCUUCACCCUUCAAGUUUCUCAUUAAAUUUUUUAAUCACAUUUUUUUUGUUGUAUAAAAACAUCACACACUAUGUGUAUGUAAAUACAGGGUGUUAGAUAAAACAAACCUUAAAAAAAAUGUUGUUAUACAAAAAAAUAUAUUAAAAAUGUUGCUUAUAAGCUCAGGAAUAAAGCACAGUUUUCCUUAAAAGUACAUUAUCAUACUAUAAAUGUUAUGUUUUUAAUGUAAAGACGUUACACGUACUACUGAUACACAGAUCACCCUAAUAGGAUUUAUCCACAGUUGAACAUCAACAAAACCUAAAAAUAAUAUAUUACAUAUUUGAUUAAUUAAUCCGAGUUAUCUUAGUACUGCUGAGUAUUGGUGAAUUUAUUUGCAUUUAUAACACAAUUUUUAAAUGAGCUAUAUAUUUAAUAUAUACUUCACAACUUAAAUUUUCUUAAUUUUUAUCAACAAAUACUCAUUUCUUCUUCAGAAACUAGGGGUUCUGAGAUUCAAAUCGUUCACUGUACGACAAAUUCUAAGUAUAUUCAAAACAACUCGUGUAUUAUUGUUUUAAAAUCAGCUGUAUCUAUUAAAAAUAUUUUUCUUCUGUCCUUACCCAAGAUAAUACGUUUGGGAUUCGUUCUUCUACAACAUUACUGUGCAGACCGUACUAAAAAUUAUUAAUAUUUUUUUUGCACCGCAAAUUUAAAACCAUUAAAAUUGUCAAGUUUUCAGAUUACGUGUACGUUUUUAUUUGUCGGCUCAUAGUUCGCAUUGUCUAAUAGAAUUUUUUUCUGUCAUUUAAAGUAAAAUGACUAAUUAAUUCCGAUUCACAAAUUUACAAAAUAAAAUAUUGUAUUGUUUUCUUUCGGUAGGAUUAGUGUUUUAUUAAUAUAUUCUGAGACUUAUAAUUCAAACAGAAUAAUUUGGUCAAGUUUAAUAGGUACUGUUUGCUAGGGACCAUUACAUAAACUAAACUUAUAUACAAGACUAGCGACCCGCCCUCGCUUCGUUUCGGAAACUGUAAUUUAUUAUUGAUUUCUCCACUAUUUAAUGGAUGUUACUAUACAUAUAAACCUUCCUCUUCAGUUACUCUAUCUAUUAAAAAAAAAUUGUUUUAUACUAUGUAGUGAAGAGACAAAAACGAAUCAUAGACUUAAGAAAAACAUAUUAAUAUGUAUAUUUUCGAAACCUUGUGUUUUUAUCAUUUAGAUAUUUUAAAUUGUGAAUCGGUCUAUUAUUUAUAAUAUUAGUCAGUAAUAGUAAUAAUAUUAGUCUAUUAAGUAUGUAUAUAUGUUAUAAAUCAGAAUUCAUUAUUAUAAUGUACCAUUGUAUAAAAUCUCAUUUCGAUACCUCUACCACAUAUCUUUUUGCUUUAGCUAUUUAUAGUCUAAUAUUUUGUAAAUCUCUCCGAGGGAUUCCAUGGUAAUGUUAAUUUUGUGACUGUGUGAUUACCUCGGUAAUGAAACAACUUAGACUUAAGUAAUAACAAACAUUCUUAAUUUUUUAUUUUAUUAAUAUGAAGCAUUUAAUCAUUUAAAACUCUUAUAUCUAAUAUACUUUUUUAACCCACCAAUUUGUUUUGUAGACAGUACCAGUUAUUUUCUUUUUUCUUUUUUCUUAUAAUAACGUGAUUAUUAUUAAAAUUCGAUUUAAGUAAUUGAUCUAAAAUUGAAACACUGUUCUUGUAGUUUGAACAAGAGAAAAAACUACACACAUGAGUUGACAUUAUUAUAAUAAUAUAUUUAGCAAUACACUUGGUACUUCGUUUUUUUUUUCUAUACCUUUUGCGCUAUUCAAGUUACUCUCUGACUGGUAGGUGAGCUCACAAGCUCAACCUAAAAGAGUUUGCUUACACUGGCAAGAGCAUUGCUUGGAAGAAUCUACCAACGGAUCGGAAUCGCGACCCGCUGAAAAGAACCGACGAUAAAUUCAGUGGUUUUAAAAAUAUAUAGUCAGUCUUGUUCGUUUUAUUAUUUAAUAAUAAUAAUAAUAAUAAUUAAAUGCGAAUUAAUAAAAAAUAAUAAUAAUUCGGUAGUGAAGUUUCAGCGGCUAGUCCCGACUAGUUCGCUUUGUAGAAAUUUCUUUAAUUUAUCUGAUUUUAUUUCUUUCGAGAGCUUAUCGCAAUUAGCUUUAGCAAUUUCAAAAUUCGCUAAAAAAAGCUAAAACUACUCAACUGAGCUUAUUUAUUGCACACGAACGUCGUUUAACUUAAAGAUUGCAAUUUUUUAUAAUAUUCAAUAUAGAUAGAUAUUUUAUUACACACUUAUAUCAGAAAAUUAUAUUUACAACAUUAUAAUUCUAAAGUAAAUAAUUUCAACUGCAUUUUUAACUGAUAAUAUGAAUAAUUUUCAAAAUGUAUGUGUUUCAUAAAAUGAACUCGAUUAGUUGUAGUUUGGACAUUUGAUAGACGCUAAUUCGUGAGGAGUUUCUAAUCGACAGUACGAUGUGAUUUGUAACAAGAUAAUGAAAUCGAAUCAUAUUUUAGAAGAAAAAAAAAAUGAUUUUAUAAAAUUACUGUAACGAGUGAAUUGUAAAACCAAAUUCUUCCAAUGGUUGCCUUUUAGCUACUUUUGUAUGAAGGGAUCUAUUGUAAUAUGAGUUUCGAUGAUUUCCGAAAGCUUUGCGUGGUCUAGCUUAGUAUACACGUAUAGGGGAUAAAAUAACAUCAGAAUCAUCAGCCCACAGUCGUUCACUGCUGGAAAUGGCCUCACCAAAAUUACACGACAGUGGGGUAACCAUUUUUCCCCUACCUAUGCUGAUAGCCUUGAGAGGCAUUUCAGCUUGACCCUAGCGUGUAGGUGAGCUCACGGGGCUCAAACCGGAGGUGUUGCUAGCACUGGCCCUAGCAAGAGCAGUGCUUAGCAGAAUCUACCACCGGAUCAGAAACGCGACCCACUGAGAAGAUUAGGCGAGAAACUCAGUGGGCUCUGUCUAUGGGUUAAUUUACUUGUCGAGCCCUGCGUCGCAAGCGACGGGUUCGGCUAGGACGGUGAGCGGUGCUUGAGGUACAUAAAAGCAUCGUUAAUGGAUCGGGAGGAUCCGUAAUAACGUGUUUAGGGCUGGUGUAACACACUAUACUUUCAGAUUAAUAAGUAUGGGCAAAAUGAAAAAUCGAUAUCGAUCGAUAGAAAUUUGGAUGACAGACUUUAUAAGAGAAUUAGGGUUAAGUUUCCAGGUAGCGUUUCGUGAUCCACAGCUUACGAAGACCGUCGAAACUUUUAGUGGGAUCCCUUUUUAGCUUUACACUAUUACGCGUAAUCGAUGCCUAUUCGUAAUGAAAAUCACUAAAUAAAUGUUUGUGGAAAACAAAA